AUGUCCCUUCCACUAUCUGCUGCACUGGCUAUCACCCUUGGUGCAGUUGCUGUUACAGCUAUGCACCAAUUCCUGGAACGUCGUGUCAAGGGCAAAUUAACUCACAUUCAUACGAACGACACUCUCUUUGACAAACAAAAGUAUGGUCAUAUCCUAAAUUAUGACAGGUACUCCCUCAUUCUACAUGGUCAGCCCACUCUUAUCCUCUCGGGUGAAUUCCACUAUUGGCGUUUACCAGACCAAUCCCGUUGGAGACCCAUUUUGGAACAAUACCGAUCCGCUGGACUUAAUUGUAUUCGAAUCUACUUUCAUUGGGGCUUUCAUUCUCCACAGCAAGGUCUUUAUGAUUUCGAAAAGGGAACCAAUCGAGACAUUGACUACCUGUUGACUCUAUGCGAAGAGCUUGGACUCUAUGUCUUGGCAGCCCCAGGGCCCUACAUCUGUGCAGAAACCCAGGCCGGAGGCUUCCCUAUUUGGUUGGCAGCCAAGCGAGAAAUCCGAUUACGACAUAUGAAAACAAAUUUCUGGAAGGAAUACGACCCAUUAUUCAUGGAAUACUGUGUAGAGUAUCUUCAACACAUUCUGCCCAUCAUAGCCAAACACCAAAUCACCAACGCUGCCGAUAUCGAUACGGACCCGAAAGCAGUCAUCAAUAAGGCCAACAGUGGAUGUGUGAUAGGAUUGCAAAUCGAAAAUGAAGCGUUUCAGCACGUCUUUGGAUAUCCAAUUGGCUUACAUGACGAUAUGAGGAUGUUGGCCAAAACUGCACGCGACUGUCGGAUCACAGUACCACUGUUUACAAACGAUGGCUUUGAACAAGGCUCCUUCAUCGUCAAGGAUGACCCAAGCCGCAAAAAGAACGACUUUGGCAUUGACUUGUACGGAUUUGAUAAAUAUGUUGUGUUUACGCCCAAUAGUGAACCUUCCUCAUGGGUGUUUGGCCGUGAUCCGUCCUUUCUUCAAGAAUGGGAUCCCGCGAUAGUUGUAUCUGAACUCGACAAGAUGGAGAAAAAAGUCCGUGGAUUCGGACACGCCAACAAUCGGUCUCCUAUCUUUAUCCCAGAGUUACAAGGCGGCUGGUUCAACCACUAUGGGAUCCAGUAUACAUACGACGCAAUCUAUCGGUUCUAUGGAGACCAAUACACACGGCUCAUGCUCGACACAGUCUUCUCGCAAGGCUCUACUAUGCUCAACUUUUACAUGUUCUACGGCGGUACCAAUUGGGGUACUCUCGGUGAUUCUGAUGUUUAUACAUCUUAUGACUAUAGUGCAUCUAUCCGUGAAUAUGGCUUAAUGUCCGGGCGCCUUCGUAAACUUCGUCAAGGGAUUUUAUUCCUCCAAUCGUUUUCAGACAUCAUGGUUCGGACGGACCCUGCCCUUACUGGGUCUUUUAUCAGCACUUUCUCAAUCCGAUCAAGUCUCGAUAAUACCAUCUGCCAACAGCGCCUCUCUCAAGCCUCGAGUCACCAAGGCCAUGUUAGGCUCAUCUUUAUGCGCAACUUUUCAAAGGAGAAGCAAGAUCGCUUUUAUCUUGAGCUUGUGCGCAGAUCCGCUCCACCUGCUCAGAGGAAGAAGAGCAAGGAAGAUGGUAUCGUUGCUCGACUGUGGUGCUGUUUAGCAUACAAGGCUUCCUAUAUCGCCUUGGCCAAUUAUACUACGGUUGUGAACCCCGAUAUCCAUUUAAUUCUUUCAGCAACCCCAAUCGUUAUCCGAGCUUUCGCCUCUAACGGAAAGAAAGAAGUCUGGAUUGCCGCAUUAGCAGCAUCCGGCCCAACUGAAAUGGCUUUCAGUUCGAGUGUAGCCAUGAGGGAAGCUGGAGGACUCUUCCCCUCUGGGCUUGGGCCCGAUGAGGGUAUCAAGCUUCAGGGACCACCGGGUGAUACAACUAUAGCGGUACUGUCAGUCCCAGAAGGCCCCAAAAGCGCUCACGUAACCCUUGCGGGCUCAAAGAAACAUGAUUCUUCCGAGUCAUUACUCCAUAUCAUCUUUUUGGACCAGACGGUUCUAUCAACAUUGUACUGUUACUAUGACAACCGACACUCGGAAACCGCCGCCUCUAAUAGAGCUGCUCCUGCUGCUGCUGCAACGGCACCACUUGGAGAUCAGCAGGCAUCUCAGCUCCAGAAUGUCAAGAAAGGCCCUACAACUCCUAUGCUUGUUACUUGGGGAUCGUACAAUACGAUUUAUAACCCCCAGCACAAGACACUGACAGUGGAAUCGACCGAUAGUCAGAAUGAACUCUAUGUGCUCUUAUUCGACCAUGAACAGCAGCAACAACAAUAUCAAUCCUCUUGGUCUUCACCUGAUGUCCUUUCGGCUUCGAGUGAGUCGGUCUCCAUCCAUGGAACGGGUCUCCCUCUUCAACUAUUCAAAUUAAGAGAGAACCAGACUGCAACUUUGACUAGAAAAUUAGCCACUGAGUACAUCCAUCAACAUUCACGUUUGGAUGUUGGGAUCUCUCUGAAAGGAUGGGAGACAAGGACCACAGAUUUCAAUCAAUACGAUUGGAAAGAUUGUCCACGUAAAAGCCCAAAAUCAGAUCUCUUUCAAAAGGUCAGCCUCGAUUUCUUAUUUACAUCAGGUCAUAUCGUCUACAAGGGCACAUUCAAGACACGCCAGAAGCGUUCAAACGAAGGGACCAGUCUUUUAUCCAGUUUCAACAAUACCAAAACCCCCGUUUCCCUCAAGAUCAACAUGCGCAACCGAGCUAUUGUGUUUGUGAACGGUGUUUGUAUUGGAUCCCAUAUGACUUAUUCGCGACAAUUAAUAUCACCCGGUGCUAAAAUGGGAUAUGAUCCCAUCGCAUUCGGCUCACACACGCUCCUGAUCACCCAGGAAGCCCUUCAGGCAGCGAAAGCACAGGUGCCAACAAGCUCAGGUGACAAUAACAAUCAUGAUCAUCAGCAUUAUCAUGAGCAAAAACACGAGAUCAUCAUUGUAAUCGAUUCAUUUGGUCAAAGUCGUCAACCAUUCGUCGUGAACGACAUUCGGAACCCACGCGGAUUACUAUCCGCAAGAGUGUAUGGAAAGGAUGUUGUCAAGGGAAGUGAAGUUUGGCAAGUUGCAGGAGUGGAUGUGACCCAAAUUGACAUGGCCUACAGUAGCACUGGUUUCCCAGAUGAGCACUCUUCCAAAGGCUGGAAGGGGGUCACGACUACAGCUGACAGUAAAAAGCAACCUUUACGAGUUAUUCCAAAUAAUGGAGUUUCAUGGUGGCGUACGCGAUUUGAGGGACCCCCAUCAUCAUCAUCACCAUCACCAUCAUCAUCAUCAACAACAGGAGACCCAUCUUACACUAUCAAUAUCCCACUCUGUUGUAGAAUUGAAGGGGAAUUUUCGGGGAUGAUCAUCCUUAAUGGUGUGCUCGUGGGGCGUUACUUUGGGUCUGAUUCUCCUCAACAUGAUUUCUAUCUAAUGGACGGGCUUGUUCACAAGGCUGAAUCGGGGAAAUUAAAUGAGCUGACUAUUGUCAUGUAUGGUGACAAAGAGACAGUUAUCGGAAAUACAAAUGAUUUCAAUCGAUCCAAUGAUAACAACAAUAUUCGAAUAACGGUUUUGCCAUGGAUCGUAGAGGAUGCACAGGGUGAACUAGGGCAAUGGAGUGGAAAUACAGCGUUUAUGUUGGAUACAGAAGAAGCACAGCAAUUGAAAGCAGGUCCCUUCUGGACAUUAAAGCAAACAAUCAAUAUUUAA